AUGAGUGAUCAAGAAGUGACUUACUCCGUCCUGAGAUUUCUUCGGUCACCUUCGGAGUCACAAAACAGAUUAAGGCCUGGUAGUACUCAAAGCCCUGGCAAGACUGACGGAAAAGAGUCUUCAGUGCCCUGGUGUGGCAUUGCAGUGACUCUUGGGACCCUCUGUUUACUUCUAUUGAUGACAACCACAGUGUUGGGGACAAAGAUUUUUCAGUAUAUUCAAGAAAAACAUCAACAGGAGGAAAUUCUACGGAACCUCAGUCAGAAGUACCAUGUUAUGCAAAAUGAGAGCUACUUAAAGGAGCAACUUUUGAUAAAUAAGAAUUUAGAAUAUGAUAUUCUAAAAACUAAAACCCUUCAGCAAGAAAGGGGACUGGACUUACCCGCUACAAAAAAGAAGGGAUGUCAUAAACAAGAGGAGAUCUUUUCAAAGUUUUGGCGAAAUAUAGGCAAACUCAAUGAAGGCCACCGGUGCUGUCCAGGAGUAAACUGUUACUACUUUACCACUGAAAGUAAAGACUGGAAGGGAUGUAAACAGACUUGCCAAAGUUACAAUUCAUCUCUUCUGAAGAUAGAUGAUGAAGACGAACUGGCCUUCCUUCAAUCCCAGACUUAUCGAAGUUCCUACUGGAUUGGUUUAUCAUUUAAUGAAAGGGAAAGUAAGUGGAAAUGGAUUGACAAUGGCAUAUCUUCUGGACUUAAUUUGGCAAUAAUGACUUCUUCUGGGAGAGGAGAAUGUGCAUUUUUAACCUCAACAAGAAUAACAAGUAUUGAUUGCUCUAACACCUAUAAUUGUAUCUGUGAGAAGAGAAUUGAUUGCUUCAAAUAG